AUGAAACCCGUCUUUGAUAAACAUAAAGAAAUCUUUAAGACAACGAUUACAGCUAAUUCUGACAGUUUGACUGCACUAUACGAAGAUUGCAUAAGUUUUGUCCAAUUUUUACCUGAUAUAAUAUACCCAUAUAGAGCUGUAGGUUUAAAUAAAGCCUCGAUCAAAAAGUUAUUAUUAAAAAAAUUUUUAUCAGAUCUUCACGAAGAUAUCUUCAAAACUUUAUGGCAUGCACGAAGUGCCGAAUGGAAAAAAUGGAAACAGGAACACCAAAUCACGAAGACAACGUUCACGACUUACCGGAAACGCAAAUGUCAUCAUGAUGAAGACCAUUUUUCUGGUCCAUCUAAUGAAUCAGCUCGCGUCACUCACACGGAUGUUAUGUUAGAUGUAAGAGAUCGUUAUCAACCAAGUGUUAUUUUAUUACAAUGUGGAGCAGAUUCUCUCGGAAAAGAUAGAUUACGAGUUCUUGGAGGUGGCGGUUAUGGAGUUCCUAAUGUAGCAAGAUGUUGGACUUAUGAAACUGGAAUAUUACUUGAAGUGUUGAAUUUCUUGAUAGAAUUUAGAGAUGCUAGUUUAGAGAUAGAAAACCUUUAA